AUGACGAGAAGCGCUAGCACUUCCCCAACUCAAGUGAAGGCGCCGCGACGUUCAUCUCGGGUGAAGUCGACAACAACGUCCGUUAAUGUCGGGAGCGAGACCGAGGACGAACAGAAGGUGACGGAGCCUGCUCUGGGCCCAGAGAGUGAGAUCGCAUCAACCGAGGAUGAACAGAAGGUGACGGAAUCUGCGCUGGACCCAGUGAGUGGGAUCACGACAGUGCUGCCGGCCGCUGAGAAGUUUAAAGUCACGGGUUGGGAUCUCGAAAACUUCGGUACGAAGUUCCGACCUCAUCUCCAAGAUUAUCUAACGGCCAAGAAGCGAAUCGGCGCCCACUGGGAAGUUUUGUAUGCAAAUCUGCUUGAAGUGGAGUACAUCAAGGAAGAUUAUUCCGAAGAACAUGAGAGGAAACAAGUGGAAACACACAAAAACUCGAUAGAGCGCAAUGAAGAAGCGGAGUACUGGGAGCGAGAACGCAUCAAAGCUGAACGACACCAGUACAAUCGUGAGGCCAAGUCCAGGAACCGCAAAGACCUACGGGACUACGCCCAGGAAGCACGAGAUAGACAUUGGAAGCGCAAACGCGAGAAGUAUGAGGGCAAGCUGAAGGCUAUCGCACAACGCAUGGGCCACGGCUGGGAGCGGACAGCGGACGAAUACAAAUACCGAAUCCGGGAAAUCAUCUGUCAGCCCGCGAACGAAUGGAUGUGGACAAAGCAAGAUAUGGAAAUGCAUUGCCAGCAUCUGCGUUUGGACCCAUUCGGUGAUGUGAAUGCUCGUUUGGUCUCCUACAUGGAGAAGGUCCAAGACGUGAUUGAAAAACACGGGUUGUCGCAACAGCUCAAGAUGAAGGGGACGAUGAAGACGUUUAUCAAAGUCAUUGCGGCUCGAAUAUCCCCCAGUGAUCUGCGUCAACUGGAAGACCAGGUCAUGGCAAUUGAGGCCGGCGAUUUGAUGCAGUUCGCGAAGGUGCUGCGUGAGCAACUCGAGAGAAUCUACCAGGCCGAACUGCCGAAUACCUAG